AGUGUUAUUUAAAUAACAAACAAAUUAUUAGUCAAUUGAAUGUCAAUUGUAUUACAAAUUAAAACAAUUUAUUGAAUGAAUGUAUUGAAUGAAUGAUGACAUCAAUGGUUGUGACAAUUGAUGACAUUUUGGAUCAAUUGUGGAGUGAAAACAAACGACUCGUCAAUGAGUUAUUGUUUGCCAACAAAUUGAAGACAAUUUUGUUGAAAUUGUUUGACAAAUAUGAAGAACAUAUCGAUAGAGAAGACAAACAUGAGUUCAAACAAUUGCAAGAAGUUAUGAAAAAUGAGAUUCAAAUGAAGGAUAAAGAGAUUGAAGAGAACAGUCAUAUCGUGAAUAUUCAAAGGCAGAGAAGCAAUGAAAAUAUUGUUGAAAAAAAUCAAUCAUUAAUACCGAUAAAAAAUUUUAAAAUCAUCAAAAUUACGACAAAUAAUAAACAGAAAGAGAUAAAUAAAUUGAUACAAAUGAAAGUGUUUAACACAAUUGAUAGCAAAUGUGUUGACAAACCUGUUUGUCAACCAAUUGGUAGACCUAUUAACAGAUCAAAUAUCACAACUAUUGUAUGUCCUAAUCCAGAUUGUCAUCAAAAGUAUACAAAUAAAAAUGUUUUGCGAAAUCACAUUAGAUUUAUACACGAAAGAGACGCACAAAAUAUACAGAAAUGUCAUUACGAAGACUGCAAUUAUGAAUGUCUUACGCCUUAUAAACUGAAAACCCAUUUCGCAAACAGACAUUCAAAUGACAGACCAGUUAUGUGUCAAAUAGAGGGAUGUUUUAGGACUUUCAAAACGAAAACAUGUCUCGGAUUACAUCAUGAAAGACAUCACUCAAAUCAAACAAUUUUCUGUGAUUUUGAUGGAUGUCAACGAAAGUUUCGCACAAAAUAUGAUAUGAGAAGACAUUUUGCCGAACAUAAGAGCGAACCGACACUUAAUUGUCCGGAAAAAGAAUGUUCGGAGAAGUUCUUUAGCGAUAAAGAGAUAUACAGACAUCGGAAGAAAGUCCACAACUUUAUAGCGAUUCGGAAAAAUGUUAACCACAGGUGUGAUUGGCCCGGAUGUGAGUGGAUCGGGGAGGGGAUGACUGUCCAUAAGAGACUUCAUUUGGGAGAAAAACCAUUUGUCUGCGAUUGGCCUCAAUGUCACAAACGGUUUACAACAUCGGGAUGUGAACAUCGGUCGGGAAAUGCAAGUAAUCUUAGCAAACAUAGGAAACAAAUGCACCAAAAGAAAAGUUAUGAAUAA